AUGGGUCGAGCAAAAUUGAAGAUGGAAUUGAUAAGUAAUGAAAAGAAGCGUCAUUCGACGUUUCAGAAGAGAAACAAGGGUUUGAAGAAGAAAGCGUACGAACUAUCGACACUAUGUGACGUGAAUGUGUGCAUGAUCAUUUACGGUCCGAAACAGAAUGAGCAUCAUUCCAUGGAGCUGGGGAUGUGGCCUUCGAAUCCCCAUGAGAUUCAACGCAUGAUUGAAUUGUUCAAGAAUCGAUCUGAGCAAGACCGUAAUAGCAGGACACAUGAUUUGUCAGAUUUUUUCGAGGACAGGACUAGGAAAGUUGAAGAAGAAGUGGAGAAACUGCGGAAAAAGAAUGAUAAUGAAGCUAAGUAUCCGAGUUGGGACCAACGGUACAACACUCUCUCGGAGGAACACUUGAGGCAAUUGAGCAGUUUACUGGAUGAUAAGGUUGCGGUUGCCAAGGAUCAGCUUGAAUUAAUGAAGCUAGGAAAUCAAAGUUCGGAGGUGAUACCAGGUGGUGGUAUCAUAGAUUGCACUACUCCAAUACAAUAUUCAAGCCAAACCCAUCCUUAUUAUUUCAGGGAUGAUGAUUUUACAAGAAACAUGCACUUGAAUUUUAUUCAUGACCAAUAUUCUAUUUCUUCAGUGAAUCCAUGUCAAUACUACUCCCCCAUGGAUCAAGCUUAUUUGAUGAUGAUGCAUGAUUAUAAUAAUAGCUACUGCAAUCAACUUGCGUCUAGCAGCAGCAACGCCAUGCAUGUUCAUCUUCUUGAUUCACCUACUCCCAUGCCACUGCCACUGCCACUGAUAGACAACAUGGUAGUGAACAAUCCGAGGCCAACUCCCAUGCUGCACUAUAUGCACUACCCAAUAAUCUCAAGUACUGCUCCAUCCCAAAUGCAUGCGCCAGCAGCAGCUAAUUCUCAGUAUUAUGAUCAUCAAGUCGAUGAAUUUCAGAUGAAGAAUCAAAAAUAA